UUCUCCUCUCUCCGCCUCGCCGUGCGACCGGAUGAAAACAAGAGCGGAAACUGAAUUUAUCCUUUUAAAAAAAUGGAUUAAAAUUUAAACUGUUUGUUAUUGUGUGUGAAGGAGCAGAUGAUGUCUACCUCCAGGAGCGGGGACAUCAUCCACCUGAACGUCGGGGGGAAGAGGUUCAGCUCCUCCCGGCAGACGCUCACCUGGGUCCCUGACUCCUUCUUCUCCAGUCUUCUGAGCGGCCGCAUCUCGACUCUGAAGGAUGAAACUGGAGCUAUCUUCAUCGACAGAGACCCCUCUCUGUUCGCCACCAUCCUCAACUUCCUUCGCACCAAAGAGCUGUACCCGCGCUCCAUCAACGUGCACAUGCUCAUGCACGAGGCCGAGUUUUACGGCAUCACGCCGCUGGUGCGUAAGCUGCAGCUGUGUGACGAGCUGGACCGAUCCUCCUGUGGAAACGUGCUGUUCAACGGCUACCUGCCUCCCCCAGUGUACCCAGCGAAGCGGCGUAACCGUCACAGCGUGGCCGGCUCUCAGUUCAUGGCGGGCCGAGUAGCGCCGGCAGAGCGAGCACCGGUGAGACGAAGCAACACCAUGCCUCCAAACCUGGGGAACUCUGGCAUCCUGGGGAGGGUCAGCACCGAGGAGAGGACCCCCGGAGGGCAGCUCUCAGACACCGGCAUGGUGCGGAUCAUUUGUGGUCAUCACAACUGGAUCGCUGUGGCCUACGCUCAGUUUGUCGUCUGCUACAGGGUGAAGGAGUCUACGGGCUGGCAGCAGGUGUUCACCUCCCCCCGACUGGACUGGGUGAUCGACAGGGUGGCUCUGAACGCUAAGGUGAUGGCCGGCUCGCUGGGAGACAACGACAAGAUGGUGGCCGUGGCGUCGGGGACGGAGAUCAUCCUGUGGGCCAUCUGCCCCGACGGGAACGGAAACGAGAUCGGCGUCUUCAGUCUCAACGUGCCGGUGGAGGCUCUCUUCUUCGUUGGUAACCAGCUGAUCGCCACCAGUCACGCGGGGAAGGUGGGGGUCUGGAACGCCGUCACCAAACACUGGCAGAAUCAGGACGUGGUUCCCAUCAGCAGCUACGACACCGCCGGCUCCUUCCUGAUCCUCGGCUGCAACAACGGCUCCAUCUACUACAUCGACGUGCAGAAGUUCCCUCUGAGGAUGAAGGACAACGAUCUGCUGGUGACCGAGUUGUACAGAGACCCGACUGAAGACGCCAUCACCGCCCUCAGUGUCUACCUCACGCCCAAAACCAGUGACAGCGGGAACUGGAUCGAGAUCGCGUACGGGACCAGCUCCGGGUCGGUCCGGGUCAUCGUUCAGCACCCGGAGACCGUGGGCUCGGGACCGCAACUCUUCCAGACCUUCUCCGUCCACCGGAGCCCCGUCACCAAGAUCAUGCUGUCGGAGAAACACCUGAUCUCAGUUUGCGCCGAUAACAACCACGUGCGCACCUGGACGGUGACGCGCUUCAGAGGGAUGAUCUCCACGCAGCCCGGCUCCACGCCGCUCACAUCCUUCAAGAUCCUCAGCCUGGACGACGUGGACGGACACGGAGGCUGCAGCGCCGGGACAGAGAUAGGUCCGUACGGAGAGAGAGACGACCAGCAGGUAUUCAUCCAGAGAGUCGUACCUGAAACAGAUAAACUCUACGUCAGGCUGUCGUCCAACGGGAAGAGGGUGUGUGAGGUGCGUUCGGUGGACGGCACCUCCAUCACGGCCUUCAUGGUGCACGAGUGCGAGGGUUCGAGUCGCAUCGGAUCCCGGCCGCGGCGCUACCUGUUCAGUGGCCAUGGCAACGGCAGCAUCCAGAUGUGGGACCUGACAACCGCCAUGGAGAUCGCCGGGAAGGUGGACAUCAGAGCGCUGGGCGGGCCCACAGAGGAGGAGCUUCUGGAGCUGUUGGACCAGUGUGACCUGGCGCUGACCCGAACACCUGACAGCACGCCACGGGCCUCCACCUGCAGCCUGUACUCUCAGAUCGGAGACAACCUCCGGAUGGAGCGCCUCCUCUCUCCUUCAGCGGGGGGUCACAGAGGAGGCGGAGCUUCUGGUUCUUCAGCCUCUCUGUGCGGCAGCCUCCCUCGACAAGCCCCGCCCCCUGUGCCUCUCUGUAAACCCGCCCCUCGAGACUCCGCCCCCUCAGGAGCUCCACAACAACAACAACCACAACAACAACCCCUCGCUAUACCCGCCUACAACUCCAGCCCGCGGCCCCCCAGGCAGCGGGAGUGGGGGGGGUCGAUGCGGCGAGGCAGUUUCGUGGAGCGUUGCCAGGAGUUGGCGAAAGGCUCCGAGGCGGCGGGUGUUUCUGGGUUUGGGCCAGAGGGCGGGAGGCGGAGCUUAGCCGUGUGCACAGAACUCGAGGCGAGGUUUGGCCUCAGGACGCCGACCACCUUCUCCGUGUCGCCCGGAGCACGAAACUCCCCAGGAACGCCGGGAACGCCUUCUUCAUCGUCGUUGUUGUCCUUGACGCCUUCCUCUUCAUCGCCUUCUUCUUCGCCGCAUCGCAAGGCCACGCCCACUCCGCCUACAAGCCCCGCCCCCCACCCCACUAUGAGCCCGACCCGUUCCCAAGCGCCCGCCUCCCCAAGGCGUGGCGAUGAAAUGUCUCCGGAUGAAACACCGGCAUCAACGGAGAGUUCUGACACCCCCCCUGCCAACGCCGGACCCCCCAGCAGCCCCAAACCACACAUGAAUGAAACCAGCUUCUGAUUGGCUGUCAGACUGAUCCUUUGUUGCUAUAGUUUAGGUCUAACUAAUGUACUGGAUGUCAGGAGGAGAAGAAACGGCAGGAAAACAGAACUAUUUCAAACUGCAGAAAAGUCUCCACUAAAGCUGCCUUCAUCAUUAAAGAGCUGCUGGGAUGUCGUAUUCCUGUGUUGGACCCUGAAGGCAGCAUCUCCCUGGUCCAAUGGGAUUCCUCCCUGUGGUUCUGGGUUAUUGCAGUAAAUAAUCUUUGUGUCAAACAAACGUUUAUGAUACUAACACGUCAUAUUAACAUCACUUUAACAUCAGCUUUUUAUAUUUUGUUUGUCAGCAAAUCUUUUCUAUCCGGGAGCUUUUUGUAUCUAUAAAAAAAAAACACACAAAAGCUUAAAAAGUUUGUAUAAAAGGUUUUGUUUUUGUCCUGACUAAAUUCACUCUGAUGCUCAAAAUCACGUAGUCUUCAGCAUGUGCCUGAACGCCUCACCGUCACAGCUCUCAGCUUUUGUUCUCUAGUUCACCAUCAAUGCUGCCAAAUUAACUUCUGAUAUCUACAAAAUAAAAAUGUCUGUAACUUUUUUUUUUACUGAUAAUUUGUGUUUUUUGGGAAAUAAUUAUACUUUAAAAUAAUAUUGAAAACGUUAUAAUUGUAUAUUUACUGAAUUGUAUUUUUCACAUUUUGCGUGUUUGGGUUAGUCAUUAUUUAUACCAUCAGUUUGUUAAAGCACCAUUUUGUUGUAUUUUCUAUUUACGGCUUCAUCGAAAUAUUACUUUUCACUUCACACAUUUUCUGCUUAUUUUCAUCUAAAGUAACAGACAGAGAAUCAGCACUUUGGAAACAGGGCUGAAACAGAGGGGAUUAUGGGUAAUGCUGCAAUGAUCUGUUUGGUGUUUCAGCCAAUCAGAGACAGGCUCUGGAUAUAUCUGAGACCUGUGAUAUAUUGAUGAAAGAGAGGAUAAUAGGGGACCUUUAAGAAGAAGAAUCGUUGCAGUUCUAAAAAUUACCCAUCAUUUGCAAUAUCUUUCAUCUGUCCUGGGAAAGGUUGUGAAUAUUUAUUUUAGUUAAUAUUGUCAUUAAUUGUCACUGUUUAUACAAAACAUUCCACACUUAAUUUAGUUUUCUUCUUUUCCUUUUGGAUUUCCAUAUUUCCUACGGCCUGUGAAUGCAGCAUCUGUGGCUCUUCAUGUAAACUGUAUUAAACAGCUCCUAGUGAAUGUAGAGACACUGAGUAUUUGCGUUUGAUACGAUGGAUCGUUUGUAUAACCGUGUUUUUUUUUAACAGACUUUGUAUUAAAAACAAUAAAAUAAUGGA